AUGAUGAACUCUUUCAAGAAGCGGCUGCAGAAGAAGGCGGCGGCCACUGCACAGCCCAGAUCCCCAAAGUCGCCUCCGACAGACUACUCAUCCUUCACAUCCAAGUCCGACCUGCCCCCUCGUGCUGGCAUCUUCAUCGCCUCGGCGCCGUCCCUUCCUCGGUCGUCGCUCAAGGCUCAGCAAAAGGCAGCAGCGGCUUCGACCUCAUCACCAAAAGCAAAAGGAAAAGGCAAAGCGAAAGCGGGGCCAUCAUCACCACCCUUGCCGUCGUCUCCUCCGCAGCAGAAGAAGCAGAGCUUGGAUCACGUAUUGCCCUCCUCCACCGACUUUCGACAGUCGCUCAUCAUGCCUCACCUCUCCCGCAGAUUCACCCUCCUUCGCGCUCCCGAUGGCUCCCUCGUUUCUCCGGACGCCAUGCGCGCUCAUCUACGCGCCCAGCGUGCACGUGCAAGGGCGACCAAUCUUGCACAAGGCCCAUCGAGCCAGGUUCACUUUCUCACUGAGGACGAGGAGAACGAAAUCAUUGAGCAACUCAAAGCACAAGCACGCCAAGAGGGUCGGGAUUUCGAUAACGAGCGCCGCGCUGCAACCAAUGGCGACGGCGUCGACUCGUGGCGCAGCGGCUACAACACCGGCACCGACGGCUUUGGUCUGUGGGGCACCUCGUCAAGCAACAACGCCAACAAGCUCUCCACGCUCGCCGAAUCGCUAGGUGAAUUCUCCGCCAUCCCCGACUACCCAGCCGGUGCAGCUGAUGCCUCGUCGCCCAUGUCCAAAACCGGCAACAGCUCCUUCACUGGUAGGAGCGCAGAGCGCGACCACGCCUACAUUCGCAGUGUCCAGCGAGAGCGCAAUCACUCCAAGUCAGAUGAGCCGCUGAAUUCGCUCACUUCAGAGUCCGAUUCACCUUCGUCUCGAAACACCACCCUGGCAACUUCUGCCGACGACUCACGCCACCACUCGCACGCUACUACCGAGUCGGCUGCGACGGACGUCCAGGACAACAGACUGGGCGACGGACCAAGCUCAAAGGGCUUGCUGAAUGUGCCUGGCCUCGACCCGUCUUCGCGCCCGCGUACCUCGCAAGACUCGAACCUGCUUACAACGCUCUCUCCUGAAGCAUUCAAACGCGUCAGCACUGCUCUCGACGAAGUCUUCGGCCUCAUCGCCUUGGAACGAGGACCCUCAUUCAGUGUCCCCGCCAGAUCAACAGCACCUUCCCACCACGCUCCACAGAGAUCCUCGAUGGAAAGCGAUGUCAUCUCCUUCACCUCAGCUCUGUCCCACGUGCGGGCGCUUGAUUCCCGACAACCCAGCUCCGGAACCGUCAGCUCCUCGGACGUCAGCUCGGGAACAGUCCGCACAAGGACUGCCAGCUCCGGGCACGUCAGCUCCAGCACUGUCAGCUCAAAUCAGCACGAUACCGCGUCUCGCUACCACGAUGACGAUGACACGGCAGACCACACGGUGACUACGCAGCCCACUCUUGACGCGGUUCACAUCGAACAAGGUCAUCUUGCUCUGCAUUCUCCGCUCCCAGGUCCCAUCCCGGGCGCGCUGCCGGACGAUUUCUCUAACUUCACCCUGAACGAGGCACACGCGGGCACGGAAGCCCGGUCCCUCGCCCCCUCGAACAGCUUCCAGACCGUCACGGACUCUAGUCUCGACACAACUCCUCGAAUCGGCUCGUCGCUUCAGUUGCAGCCUGACGACAAUCAACAUCGCUCCGUCUCGGGCCAGUCGUUCGCGGGUUCCAUGCUUGCCCUGCCUUCGGACCGGACGUCAACGGUCACAGCACGAGACGCGCAGCCCCAGGCAUCGCGCGUUGUCUCCACGGCGUCCACUAUCAACGGUCCUCAAUCAGACCGCCAGGAGGCAGAUGCUGUCGCUCCGGCAGCCGCGAUCGCACAAGCACCGGAGCGGCCGCCUGUUGGCGCCAUGCUUCCCCCUCCUAUGCCCACGGGCCGUCAGAGUCAGGUUGCGCAUCCCGAUCGAACACCAGAGAUGACAUCCAGCGCCUUCUUUGCGAGUCCAGCCCAAUCGUCCUUGUCACGAGACGGUUCCGUCGUCAGCGGCGGCAAUUCGGUCAGAUCCAGUUUGACAGGUUCAUCUGCACUCUAUCAGGGCUCACACAGUCGCAAACCGUCAGCUGACAGGCUGGCCUUUGGCAGAGCCAUGGCACCUCAACCUCCCCUGCGCGAUCAGCCUUCGCUUUCCAGCGUACGACGCAACUACCGACAUCACAAUCGGUCCAACACCGGCUCGUCCGAGGGGAGCAUGUUCGCAGGCCUUGCUUCGCGCAGGUCAUCGGGUGCCAUGAGUCCCCCACCUUUGCUGAGCCGCACCGCUCGAUCUCCCAACUACUUUCCGCCGCCUUCGUCCGUUGCGUUCAUGCACGACUACGCGUCAGGAUUCAAGCCGCCCUCCGCCAUCUCACCUGCUGCUACGGCUGCAUUGCAAUCCAUGGCGGGUCAAGCCAGUGCCAACGCACAACCGACACCGAGCUCCGUCCUGGAUGCCUCGAAUGCGCUGCGAAGCGCUCAGAACGUGCGCAACUCGACCUCGACCGUCCCGAGCAUCGCUUCGCCUCACGUGCCGAGUCUAGCUGCAUUUGCAUCAGGCAGUGAUCGUGCGGCGGCAACCAGCUCUCCGGAGACUGGCACCACCAGUACCAGCCUUCACCAGCGCAAUGCUUCUCUCAACAGCACAAAGCGGCAAUCUCAAACGCACUCGGCCCGCGUUUCGACCGCCAGAGACAGCUUGCUGCCGACGUUGUCGGCUCCUCCGAGACCUGCACCAGUACCCGAGCUGCAAGUAUCGACUAACGGGAGCGGAUCGAUGCAGGCUUCCUCCGCGGACCCCGAGCAAGCUGAGGGAUGGCGAGCCAUGUAUGGGAGUAAAGGAGUCGACACUGCUAGCAUCAACGCCUCCGGCGAAGACGUCUUGGUCGACUCAAAUGACGACGAAGAUCUGUGGGCAAAGAUGGCCUCGGCAUCGGAUCCGCAGAAGGCUGAGCGCCCAGUGUCCAACUUCCCACCCGGCAUCGCUGAGGAACGUCUAGCGGGAACUGGCAUCACUUUUGACCAGAUGGCCAACUUCCAGGAUCGCCUCAUUCAAACAGCCACCAACGGAGCAGAGGCGGUCCCUCCUCUGCCUGUGCCGCGCAUCCAAGCUGACAGCGUUGUUCUUGACCAUCAGCAGCAAAAGUUCGCUGACGCCAAGUCCAAAGGUCUCGCGUCGCCCAAUCUGGUCUUCGAUUCUGAGCCAAAUUGGUCGACACCAGCAGCCAGCACUCCAACGAGCAAAGCCCGUGGUCUGUUCCCCAGUGGGAAUGAGCGCCUCAUCAACACGGAUCGUAACGCGCCGACGCGCGGCAGCCUAGCGACCUCGGUGGGUCAGGAUUCACCCAUCUCUCCUCGAGCGGUCAUGUACGACGUUACCACGAGCCACCGUCCUACUUCGCCCGUGCUGCACAGUCGCACCGGAUCGCUCAGCGGUCUGCCCAGCCUUCUUGAGCUCAAUGGGCAUCGGGAUCGUGAGUCAUUCUCCCUGUCGCAGGCGGUCGAACAGGCAUCUCGUCUGCCUUCUCAGACCGUGUUUGAGUCCCCACCCAUCCCGGAAGAGCCCAGCUCGACGCAUGAUUCGCAGUACGCUGUUGCUACCAAUGCUGUACAGGACCACCCGUUCAAUGUCGGUUACACGAGUCCUCGCCUCCCGCUUGCGGACUUGUACCAAGGCAACAGCUUCAGCCCGGCGGCCGUGGGCGACUCGCCUCGACAUCAAGUGCAGACGACGCUUCCAGAGGAUGUGUGGGAUCGCUACGGUCCUCAGCAGGGAGAUAUGACGCCGGAUCUUUUCGACACCAGCAUGAGCCCCAAUUCGAGCUACAUGGGCGCGGACCCUUCUCGCCUGUUGGACGAUGUCGCCGCGCAGACCAGUGCUGCUACUCGAGCCCUGAAGGGGACGGACGAUGGCGUCACCCCGACACCGCCCUUCCGAACAAAGAGUAUCUUGCGCAAAAAGUCAUUCAAGAAAGUCAGCAAGCAGAUCUCGUCGCCGCAACUCAUCUCGACGACGCAGAAAUUGGAUCACGCUACCCUUAUCUCGCCGGUGCUCGAGAAACCGACCGCUCCUACCAAGUCGCCCAGCAGCGCGCGAAGUCACGUCAAAGCCAGUCCAUCACGCGGCUCGCAGAUGGGGAGCAUCGGCAAGAGCAGCAACUACUUCCAUCGCCGCAGGUCGAGCUCGUUCGGCCACGAGGCCACGCCCGACAACAGCUUUGGACUCGGCAACGACGGCUUUGGCGAUGCAUUGGCUUCUCAAGGACAAGGCAGUAGUGAUACGGGCCCCGGCGUCCAUCCGAACCACCCGUACAUGAAUGGCGGAGCCAACAGUGGAAGCCUUUCGCGCAUCUUUUCCAAGAUCAACCGCCGCAAGAACGAGCAGGCCUAUGGCGGAGCCACGAUCGAGCCAUUCCCACCUGAGCUCAGCGCAGCAGCUCGGUCCUCGGCACUCUUCUCGCAGCAGCCGCCGGUGCGACCACCACAGGCGCCCGUCACACCAGAGCUGCCGCCGCUGCCACCUGUCAUCGAACGCUCCACGCCCUGGACAUUGCCGCCACGCAUGCCAUCCUCAUCCUCGUCGACCGGCCACGCAAGCAGCUUGCGCUCGCCCAUCUCACCCACCUCGCCCGUCUACACGCUGCCCAUCGACUCGACGUUGAUGCCGCGCAGCAAGAGCAAGAAGAAGCGCACGCCGAUCGUGCUCAAGCGCGAUUCCGAGGUAAUUCUUCCGGGCGAUCCGGGCUACAUCCCGACUGCCAUCAUCGGCCGGUCGCCCGAGCAGCGUGCUCUUGAGCUGGCCGAGGAGCAGAGCGGCGAUUCGGACAUGUUGCGAGCGGUGCAGGGAGCAGUCAGCCCGACGUACUCGCACGCCAAUGUUGGUGGCAGAACACAAUUGCAAGAGCAGUCGACGGACACGACACUCUCGAGGUCGUCGGAGCGCAUGGACUAUAGCGAGAAUAGCAACCCGGACAUCCUGGCUCCCCUGGCUGCCCUUAAUAUCGGUGACGCUAACGAGACCAAGACGCCGAGGCCAGCUUCACCGCUCUCACUCGCAGUGUCGCCGCUCAAGGUCGCGAGCGCAAAGGAGACCGUCGAUGAGGCGCUCGCGCGCACAAUGCAGUCUUCUGUCACGCCGCAGCAAACCCAGCUCGAUGCUGAAGUCGAGGCAGCAACGCAGCAGCCUCGCACCCAAAGCCGACCCACCGACCCACGCAAAUCGUUGCGGGACACCAUCGUGCGACGAACCAUCAUCAUCCCGUCCGGCAGCAUCGACUUUGGCGACUACGACCGACGAUCGCUCCAUUUUUCCAGUCGCAAGUCGCGCCGCUUCGCCACGUCUGUUGACGAGCCCGUGCCUACGAGCGCCAAUGCCACCCAAAGUUUCGACGUCGAUUCGCCGGCCAAAGUGGUCCCCGCUGGGCUGCCAGAGCCAGACCUGCCCGCGGUAGGGCUAUCGACGUUCAACUCGGCGGCGACGCUGACAGCGGACGGCUCGCUUUCCAACCGCGCUUCCGGCUUGGGAGGCAGCGACUACGCGGGCAGUCUGUACGACAUGUACAUCUCCGGGACACCGGACGAGAGUGGCGAGCCCGAGAGCCCCGGCUCGGACGACGCACAGUCUCUCCCGCGCCGGUCGCGCGUACCUCCACCGGCUCGACACAUCGAAGUCACCGAGCGCGCCGACGGCAGCGUUGUCUGGCAGGUGAUUGCGGGCCUGGCGGAUCGCAAUAGUGUCGAUUCCGUGGUCAUGCGCCACAGUCAGGAAUGGAGUGAGGCGUCUGGGUCUGCGAAGUUGGGCAGUUUUGAGCGCGAGCAGGAGGCAUGGGCGCCGUUCUCCAGCAGGACAGCCGCGGACGAAGACGAGAGAAGCUUCUUCACCCGGCCUCGCGCUGCGCCCAAGGCGGUCGCGGCAGGAAUGGGCGAGGACACGUUCGACAUGGCCACGCCGCACAAGCAGGGGCUCCGCAACGCCGUCACUGAUGCUGAGCCUUCGCCAACGCGCAUCAUGUAUCACAACGAUGCGCAGCUCGCUUCGCUCCUCGACGUUCUAGCCCAAGGGAAGGAUUCGGCCAAGUUCGAGUUCCAUCUCGGCCCCCAACAGGUCAGGUCGCCUGGGCUCAACCGCGGCUCGCCCAGCACCUUCAGCGGCGGCGCAGACAGCUGGCAAGGCACCCCGAUCGUGGACGCCAACGACAUCGAGUCGCACCGCAGCAGGGUCGAGGCUGAGAUCUACACCUUGUUGAACAGGCACGCGUUGGACGACAUUCAGGCCUAG